GUCUCAAUUUCUCACACUCGUCUCAUCGACUUCUCUCAUCUUCAUCACACUGUUGUCACUCUCUGUUAGGGUUUUGUGACUCGCUAGUCCUUUUAUUGAUUUUGCAACAAGAGGAUAGUUUUUGAAGCUGAAUGUCGUCACCAAUUAUCAUACCUAAGCCCUAGCUCGAUUCGUUUGUUCGGUUGCGUUUGGAGCGUUCGCAAUCCUAAAGAUUUGUACCAAAUUGUUGGUUUCUAUUAACGACAAAUCGACAAUGGAACAAAAAUGCAAAAUCGGUGGAGAAGGUUUGAGAAAUCGAGAUGUAGUGAAUAAGGACAACAGGAUCAGUGAGUUGCCUAAACCUUUGCUUCUACACAUAUUGUCUUCACUUCCAACAGAAACUGCCAUAGCCACUAGUGUUUUGUCCAAAAGUUGGAAAUCUCUCUGGAAGAUGUUGCCAAAUCUCAAGUUUGAUUCUAAGUUUCACCGAACAUUUUCAGAGAAUGUUUGUAGAUCUUUGAUUUUACAUAAAGCUCCGGUUCUAGAGAGUUUGCAUUUGGAAGUCGGAUAUAAAUGUGAUGCUUUGGAGUUGGGAUUAUGGAUUGGAAUUGCAUUUGCACGACAUGUGCGUAAGUUGGUACUGGAGUUUUACUUUGAGGAGGAAGGCUCAGUAAAAUUUCCGGGUGUUUUGUGUAGAUGUAAUAACACACUCGAGAGCUUGAUACUCAAGGGUUCAAUUCUUUUUGACCUUCCUUAUCCGGUUUGUUUCAAGUCCCUGAGAGAGCUGUACCUUGACCAUGUGAACUUCAAAGACGAAGAAUCUGUUUCCAACCUUUUCUGUGGCUGCCCUUGUCUUGAGAAUUUGAUUGUUCAUCGAGAAAGCUUUAUGGAUGUGGAGUCUUUCACUAUUGCUGUGCCAUCAUUACAGAGACUAACCAUAUAUGAUGAUUACUGUGGAGAAGGUGUUGGAGGCUAUGUGAUAAAUACUCCUUCUUUGAAAUACUUGGACCUCAAGGGGUUUAAUGUUCUUGAUUUUUGUCUGAUUGAGAAUGCGCCGGAGCUGGUGGAGGCAGAAAUCACUGAAGUUUCUGAUAUAACCAAUGAGAACAUUCUGGAAUCUCUAACUUCAGCCAAACGCCUUUCCUUGUACUUAUCACCCUUAAAGAUUAAGUAUCCUACUGGUAAAAUCUUCUAUCAGCUUCUAUCUUUGGAGCUGCGUACAGAUGAAGAAGAGUGGUGGAAUUUACUUUCACUCAUGCUUGAUAGUUCUCCUAAAUUACAAAUCCUCAAGCUCAUCGACUCAAGGCAGUAUAUUAAUAAAGAUUUACCGGUGGACUGGAAAUGGAAUCAACCAAAGUGUGUACCUGAAUGUUUGUUGUUCCAUCUUGAGGCAUUUGUGUGGACAAGAUAUGAAUGGCAACGAGAAGAUGAGAAAGAAGUGGCCAAAUACAUCCUUAAGAACGCAAGACUCUUGAAGAAAGCAACUCUAUCCACAAAACCUAUCGAAUCUAAAAAGCUUGAGGAAAUGAAAAAGAGACGUGAGAUGCUCAACGAAUUGGCUGCCGAGGACAGGGCUUCAGAUUCGUGUCACCUCGAGUUCGAAUAUGAUACGUAUUCUUACAAUUAGGACAUGUUCUUAAAAUCUUCCAGAAUGUGACAAUGGGACCUAAAAAAAGUCAGAAACUUAGUCAAGUUUUCUGAGCUAUAUAUUUAGGUUUUUGAACAGUAGCGGCAUUUUAGAUGAAUAAAAAAAACAGGUAAUAUAUAAUGUUGCUAUU